GGUUGGUGGUCACGAGAAUUGUGGCCCGAUCUCGAUGGAUUCACACGCGCGGUGCCGUCGCGACGCCGCGGGGACCCAUCAUCUGACGCCGACGAGAGACACGGGCCGCGGAAUCCAAGCCAUCGAUCGCGAGUUUUUUGAAAACAAAGCGCAGACACACACACACACACACACACUCACUCACUCAUUCACUCACUUUCACACAACAGAGAAGCCCAACAGAUCAGGAGGACCUGCCUGCAUUGGUGGCGUCGUGCUCGCGACGCCAUGAAUGCCAUUGAUGGCGUGAUCAGCGUUGUUGCGACUGCCCUCAUAACUGCCCCCCACCCUCGCGCUCUGACGCGCACCUUGUCGCUGCCCAUUUGUCUGCUACUUCUCGUCGUCGUCUUCACUCCCUUGUUUCGUGCCGUGACCACGUGGGCGCACGACGAGCCCUCUCAGGGACGUGUUGAGUUCGUGCUGCAGCAGAAGGCGAGAGAGAGGAAUCAGGGGGGAUUCGGAGGAUGAUGAUGAUGAUGAUGGUGGUGGUGGUGGUUGUCCAGAAGGAUUCUGGUCUCGGAGAAGGCAACAGUGUGGGUGUGCAGAGUGGAGCCUUCGGUGGAUUGCGAGUGACGAUGCUUGGGAGGGUUGGUUUGUGGCGUUGUGCAUCACGCGAGGUGUUUUGAGUUGUUUUUUCAGGUGGAUCGUGUGAUUGCGCACGCUUCGGCGUGUGGAGGCAGAUGUACGCUCUGGUCAGCACAUGGUUGCGGGACGUGGAUGGGUGCAGGCGUUGAUCCUGUGGUCCAGUUUGGAAGUGCCGAGUUGAAGAGAUCGUAGCGGAGUGUCGUGAGGCGGGAGCGGGUGGAGAUUCGCAUCAGGAACUGGUGGGGUACAACCCGCAGGCGGGAAGCUGCUGUGUUGCGGUUUGUCGGGUCAGAUGGUCGAUGUGGGACAGCCUUUAUCCGUGGCAGUGCGCCGUCUGCCACGAUCGUAGCCUGCGCGAUCAUUUGGUUUUCAACAUGGGGUUCUUAGUCAUCAUGCAAGUUGUGUCCAAUGCCAGAUUUUGGCGACAGCUCUCGUCACUCCCGCGCCUUGGAAGCAGGUUCUACAGGGAUCUUACAUCCUUCGAUUUUAACGCUGAUUUAUUCGCGUCCUGCAGGGUGUCGACUUUGCAGUACGCCUAGGCAUGUCUUCACCAAGAGGUCUAUCAAUGCUCGCAUUGUACAUCAUGUUAAUGCCUCGGAGUACCGAUGUUCAGGAAUUGGCAGGAGAGAAGCCAAUGGCACGUUGAGAGUAGAACCAAGUCAGUGUGAUUAGUGGUACUUGUAGGACAGGGAUGAAUAUUGCGUCCGCGAAUGCAUUAUCAAGGUCUGCAGGGCUUUUGACCUUUCUAAGGUCAAACGGCUUGAGUUGGAAUAGUUCAUUUUGCAAUUGGAUGCAAGAGGAAGGCAUUGAGGAUUUUCACCAAAAUGAAGAACUGGGUGUGGUGGUGGGUGGUCGCCCUCACUCUCAUUGUAUAUCAGUGUCGUGUGCUGACUAUGGCGCUAAUGAACAGCGAGGCUCAAGCAAUGCGGGAGCUGCAGAAGGAUUUGCAGGUGGAACAAAGCUCCUGGCCUCCAUCCGAGGACCCCUGCACAAGGUGGCAAGGAGUGCAAUGCGUGGGCGACCAUGUGGAUAGUCUCGAUCUUAGUGUGCUCCAAAGAGUGUCCAACCAAUCUUUCAACGCUGUAUUGGACGGCCUGCAGGCAUUACCCUACUUGCGAGAGCUCAAUGCGUCAGGAUUUACCUUGCGUUUCUCACUCCCGGACUGGAUCACUAGCCUUCAAACCCUCCAGAUUCUGGAUCUCACUGCUACUUCACUUGAAGGUACUUUGCCCCGUGCCCUGGGGAAUUUUUCAAACUUGACGGUCCUGUGUCUCGCAGGUAAUAAUAUUACCGGGGAGAUUCCAGCGUCUGUCGGCAGCAUGGUGAACCUCACUACCCUUAAUUUGUCAAACAACAAGCUGGUGGGCUCGAUUCCUCCUUCUAUAUUCAAUGCCUCAGCGCUAGUGUCUGUAGACCUGUCUCACAACAAUCUCACAGGGGUGUUACCAACAACAGUGGGCAACCUUGUAAACUUGCAAUUCUUCAUUGCAUCGCACAACGACCUCGUAGGCCCUCUUCCGCCACAGUUGGGGAGCCUCUUCCUCUUGACACUACUAGACUUGUCUUCCAAUAACUUCUCUGGUGCAAUCCCUCCCGAUCUUGGGAAGCUGAAGAGCCUCAACUUCUUAUCCCUGGCGACGAACAAUCUCUCUGGAACAUUGCCUUCCGAUAUCACGCAAUGCACAGGACUCCGAACACUCAUCCUGCGGGAGAAUAUUGUGGAAGGAAUGUUGCCAGCAACAAUAGGCGAUUUGAAGGAACUUGUUGUGUUGGACGUCUCUAGCAACCGGAUCACAGGUCUCUUGUCGUCAGAGAUGGGCGCUAUCAAGUCGCUUGAGAUUCUCGACAUCGCUCACAACUACUUCUAUGGACCAAUUGUCAGCGAGUUGGUGGCUCUUCGAAACUUGAAAUCUCUGAAUGUUUCCCAUAACUUUUUCAACGGUAGUUUGCCAUCGGGAUUUCUGCCCACCGCUGUGGUGAAAAAGAACUGUCUUCUGGGUUCUUCAGGGCAGCACGAGCUACGGACAUGCCAGCGAUUCUACGUCAGGCAAGGGGUCAUUUUCGGAGCCCCAACCACUCCUCCAGCAUCGGAUGGAAUCCCCAUGCUGGAGCAACCCUUAGCGUCCGAUCCUGGUGGAAACAAGUCGAAAACCAAGCAUCUGGUGCUAAUUCUAUCUAGCUGUGUAGGCGGUGCGGGCUUGAUUUUUCUGGUGGCGUCAGUUAUCUAUUGCUGUGUUCGACUUGGAUGUGGAGGAAAAAAGAAAGGUGAAUCGGCUAGGACUCAUGGCAGCAUCGGCAGUGUACGAGGCGGUUCGGCUCGCGCAAUUGCACCUGCUGUCCCUACUAGCCGGAUGGGGGAGGUCUUCACAUACGAGCAGCUGCAGAGAGCCACAAAGAACUUCUUUGUAGGGAAUCUCAUUUCGAAUGGUCACUCUGGGGAUAUAUACAGGGGGGUUCUUGAAAGCGGGACAAUGGUGGCCAUCAAGAGGAUAGAUCUGACGAAGGUGAAGAUGGAGACUUAUCUGCAGGAGUUGGAAGUGCUGGGACGCGCUUCCCACACACGGCUUGUAUUGUUGCUGGGUCAUUGUCUUGACCGGGACGAGGAAAAGUUUCUGGUGUACAAGUAUACAACGAAUGGGGACCUGGCUACCGCCUUACACAAGAAAGGCAGUCCCGACCCAUGUGAGGAUGUGUUGCAGACCUUGGACUGGAUCACUCGUCUCAAGAUUGCCAUUGGCGUUGCGGAGGCUCUCUUCCACCUGCACUCUGAAUGCUCCCCGCCAAUCGUUCACAGGGACGUGAAGGCAAACAGCAUCCUUCUGGAUGACAUGUUUGAGGUCAGGCUUGGGAGCCUGAGUAAUGCACGCGUGCAAGAUGGGGAACCACAUCCAAGUCGCAUCACCCGUUUGCUUGGCUUUUCGCAAUCAUCAGACCAAAGAGAUUCCGUUGCGGCAGUUUCUACCAGUUCCGACGUUUACAACUUUGGAAAGGUGCUACUAGAACUUGUAUCCGGGAAGCUUGGUAUAAGUGGGUCAACUGCGGAUCACCACAGCGAGGCGUGGUUGGAGUGGGCUCUUCCAUUGAUCAGGGUGCACGACAAGGAGUCUCUGCCCAAACUGGUUGACCCAUUUCUAAUAGUCGACGAAGACUUGCUUGCAGAGGUUUGGGCCAUGGCAGUAAUUGCUCGUGCCUGCCUGCACACUAAGCCCCACAAGCGACCCAGCAUGCGGCAUGUUUUGAAAGCGCUUGAGAAUCCUCACAAAGUGGUGCGGGAGGAGCAUUUCGGAGAGUCCUUGGCCAUGCGGACAUCGUCCCACAGCUCAUGGAACGAGGCUAUGUUCGGAAGCUAGCGCCACAAGCACAACAACAGGUCCAUGUCACGCUUGGGAGACUCGGAUGCAUAUCAUGGCUCCCUGCCAGUCUCAAAGGCUUCUGGAGUGGCAUCCUCCAGUGCCCUACGAUGGGACACCCCAGGGCAUGCUAGGAGAGGUUCUAGCGAUAUUGUCCCUGAGCCUACUGAUGAAGAUACACCACAUGGUUCUCAACGACGCACAUCAUCUGGGAUUUACAAUCCAUAAUCUUCAUCAACUAUCCAGCAGCAACCUAAAGUCCUCUGAGAAAAAGACUGAGCUCAUUGCUAUCCUCCCAUCUGACCUUUCCAAGGGAUCGACUCUUACAACAAGCUCAGGCUUCUCAACCAAUCUGCCGUGCAGACUGGAAGAAGAAUGGUCAACUACUUGGUGGAGACAAGGCCAGUGCUGAACCGAGGACAUCGACGGUGUCUUCGCUCCACCGCUUAUUUUGAUUUCUGUAUUGCGAAGGAAGCUUAUAUCUACCCCUUUCCGCAAGGGUGAUGCUUCCUGACCUGCAGUUCAAACACAACGUGAAGUGUCUUGUUACCCAGGGGGACUUUCAUUCCGUUACCAUGCUCACGUGAAGACGAUGUGGUCGAGGUGCAUGCAGCAUCCACCGAUGUUCUGGCUUCAAACCGCAUUCUGGAUUUGCUGGUGGCAUUUUUUGGAGAACAAAGCAAGUUAAAUCAGCUCACGUUGUGCCUGAUGCUGAACCUUCAAAAUCGUUCCUGGCCAAGUUUUGCACGACGAAACCAGUCUCCACGCCUAAUCGAGGAGUCUCGAGGGGAGACAGUGAUCAGAAUACGGCGUGGUUGUCGCGGCCUGGCCUUGAAGAGAGCUUGGCGUUUGUAGUGAAGGCUUUUACAAGCGAUCCGUUCACUGUAUUUGAGACUCUUGCCUUGAUUUUGUUAUAAGGCGCGUUAAAAGUGGCCUCAUGAAUUAACUUCCAUAUUAAGUGUAUAUUUCUCUCGGUCAUGUUAGAAUUGUCUGAUGUAAUCGGCGUUUUGAAGUCAAUUAAUCGGUAAUGAAGAUAAUGUCAUUUUCUUGUGUGA